GUCAGAGGCGGUGUUGUGGGGCCGCCGCAGCCCCAGAAAUGGCAGUGAGCGAGAGGAGGGGGCUCGGCGGCGGGAGCCCAGCGCAAUGCAGAUGGGGAUGCUUGUCGCUGCUGGUGCUGAUGCUGGGCGGCUGCUCAGGCCGCAUCCACCGUCUGGCGCUCACAGGGGAGAAGCGAGCUGACAUCCAACUGAACAGCUUCGGAUUCUACACCAAUGGUUCCCUGGAAGUGGAGCUGAGCCUACUUCGCCUGGGCCACCAAGAGACAGAAGAGAAGCAGCGGAAGGUGGGAUUCAGCUUGAGUCGAGUUCGAUCGGGCAGUAUCCAUUCCUACUCGAGCCGGAACUCCCAGGAAUGCCCUCUGGAGAGGAAUAGCAGCAACUUCCUGGUCCUUUUCCUCAUUGAUAUCAAGGACCUGCAGGUUCAAGUCCGAAAGUAUGGGGAGCAGAGGAAGUUGUUCAUCUCCCCUGGCCUCCUCCCUGAUGCCCCUGCCCAGUCACUCCUCCCGAAGCCAGAGCCUGAAGGCACCCCCAAGCAGAACAGUGAGACCCCUGCAGUCAAAGAGAAUCAGGAAAAACCUGGAGCACCCCAAGUUUCGGAAGAGAAAAUUAACCCAGGGGUACACCGGCUCUCAACAGAGGACCAGCCACAGAGGCAACUGCCCACUCGGGACCCCAGCGGGAAAGAAGAGGAAAUGGUGUUGGGGCUGGGCCACCUCAACAACUCAUACAACUUCAGUUUUCACGUGGUGAUCGGCUCCAGGGCUGAGGAAGGCCAGUACAGCCUGAACUUCCACAACUGUUACAACUCGGAUCCCGGCAAGGAGAGGCCAUUUGACCUCACUGUGAUGAUCCGAGAGAAGAAUCCAGAAGGCUUCCUGUCAGCGGCAGAAAUCCCCCUCUUCAAGCUCUACCUGACCAUGUCUGCCUGCUUUCUGGCUGCAGGCAUCUUCUGGGUGUCCGUGCUCUGCAAGAAUACAUACAGUGUCUUUAAGAUCCACUGGCUCAUGGCCGCCCUGGCAUUCACCAAGAGCAUCUCCCUGCUUUUCCACAGCAUCAACUACUACUUCAUCAACAGCCAAGGCCACCCCAUCGAAGGCCUCGCCGUCAUGCACUAUAUCACACACUUGUUGAAAGGCGCCCUUCUCUUCAUCACUAUUGCCUUGAUCGGCUCAGGCUGGGCCUUCGUGAAGUAUAUGCUGUCAGACAAGGAGAAGAAGAUUUUUGGAAUUGUGAUCCCCCUGCAGGUCCUGUCUAAUGUGGCAUACAUUGUCAUUGAAUCCCGUGAGGAGGGUGCCAGUGACUAUGGACUCUGGAAGGAGAUCUUGUUCCUGGUGGAUCUUAUCUGCUGUGGUGCCAUCCUCUUCCCAGUUGUGUGGUCCAUCCGGCAUCUGCAGGACGCAUCUGGCACUGAUGGGAAGGGUGAGGACCCCUCCUCCAGGGUUUCCCAGCCCUGCUUUCUGUCUGACACCAGUGGCAGUGAACCUGGCCAAGCUGAAGCUGUUCCGACAUUACUACAUCAUGGUCAUCUGCUACAUCUACUUCACUCGCAUCAUCGCCAUCCUGCUGCGUGUGGCAGUGCCCUUCCAGUGGCAGUGGCUGUACCAGCUCUUGGUGGAGAGUUCCACACUGGCCUUCUUUGUGCUCACCGGCUACAAGUUCCAGCCAGCUGGGGACAACCCUUACCUGCAGCUGCCUCAGGAGGAUGAGGAAGAUGUGCAGAUGGAGCAAGUGAUGACGGACUCUGGGUUCCGGGAAGGCCUGUCCAAAGUCAACAAGACAGCCAGUGGCCGGGAACUGUUGUGACUUCCCAGUGUCCAGCCAGCCACCCCUCAGACCUUCUGCACUCGCACACCUACACUUGUCCCAAAGUGUGCAGAGAGUCCUAGGGACCCCGUGCCAACAAGGCACCGAGGAUGUGGGUCCCCAAGGAGCCUUUCAGAAAAAGAUGCCCUUCUCCCAGCACUGCAGCCAUGUCCUCAGCAGGGGACACUUCGGCCUCUUUCAGUACAAUAAGGACUGCUCUUUGUUUUUCCUUUUAUCAAGUUUCUUGAUGUUAAGGGGUUUGAGUGCCUAAGGCAAGCUGCAUUUAUGAUCUCGAAUCCUGAAUUCUCAGUCUACGUGAUGGCACAUAUCUGUCAUCCUAUUGCUCUGGGGAUCCUCAUGAAACCUUGGGCCAGUCAGUAAACAGAUAAAAAUAAAGAGAAAGCGGAAUUCACAUUGA